CCACGCUCUGGACUACAUUUCCCAUAAACCUCUGGGUCCGAACUAACCUCGGUUUCGGGUCUAUUUCCGGUGUCCCCAAGGUUCUCGGCUCUGCGAGUUGAGUUUCGUCGGAGGAAGGGCUGCCACAUAAGAAGGGCCUUGAAGCAAAGGAAAGAAUUGUUGCAUAUUUAGAAAUCAAGAUUAAGCUCUGACUUCUCUAGACUCUGUGCUUCACCAGUAGAGGAACCGCAUGGAGGAUUAAUUUGUUCUUGCAGUUCUAGGACCAUGACUGACGGAUUGGUGACAUUCAGGGAUGUGGCCAUUGCCUUCUCUCAGGAGGAGUGGGAAUGCCUGGACCCUGCUCAGAGGGACUUGUAUGUGGAUGUGAUGCUGGAGAACUACAGCAACUUGGUCUCCCUGGAUUUGGAGUCAAUAUAUGAGACCAAAAAUACAUUUUCAGAAAAGGAUAUUUUUGAAAUAAAUUUUUCUCAGUGGGAGAUAAAGGAAAAAAGUAAAACCCUUGGCCUUGAGGCAUCCAUUCUCAGAAAUGACUGGAAGUGCAAAAGCAAAUUCGAGGGACUACAGGGACGUCAAGAGGGAUAUUUCAGUCAAAUGAUAAUCAGCUAUGAAAACAUGCUCACUUACAGAAAAAAUAAAUCUCUUACUCCACAUCAGAGAAUUCAUCAUAGAGAGAAACCCUACGUAUGCAAGGAAUGUGGAAAGGCCUUUAGUCAUGGCUCAAAACUUGUUCAACAUGAGAGAACUCAUUCUGCUGAAAAACACUUUAACUGUAAAGAAUGUGGGAAGACCUUUUUUAGUGCCUAUCAAUUUACCGUGCAUCAGAGAUUGCAUACUGGUGAGAAACCCUAUGAAUGUAAGGAAUGUGGGAAGACCUUUAGUUGGGGAUCAAGCCUUGUUAAACAUGAGAGACUUCAUACUGGUGAGAAACCCUAUCAAUGUAAAGAAUGUGGGAAGGCCUUUAGUCGUGGCUAUCAACUUACUCAACAUCAGAAAAUUCAUAUUGGUGUGAAAUCUUAUGAAUGUAAAAAAUGUGGGAAGGCCUUUUUUUGGGGCUCAAGCCUUGUUAAACAUGAGAUAAUUCAUACUGGCGAAAAACCUUAUGAAUGUAAAGAAUGUGGGAAGGCCUUUAGUCGUGGCUAUCAACUUACUCAGCAUCGUAAAAUUCAUACUGGUGAGAAACCUUAUGAAUGUCAAACAUGUGGAAAGGCUUUUUGUUGGGGCUAUCAACUUACCCGACAUCAGAUAUUUCAUACUGUUGAGAAACCCUAUGAAUGUAAAGAAUGUGGGAAAGCCUUUAAUUGUGGCUCAAGUCUAGUUCAACAUGAAAGAAUCCAUACUGGUGAAAAACCCUAUCAAUGUAAAGAAUGUGGGAAGGCCUUUAGUCGUGGUUAUUACCUUACUCAACAUCAGAAAAUUCAUACUGGUGAGAAACCUUUUGAAUGUAAAGAAUGUGGGAAGGCCUUUAGUUGGGGUUCAAGCCUUGUUAAACACGAGAGAAUCCAUGCUUGUGAGAAAUCCUAUGAAUGUAAAGAAUGUGGGAAGGGCUUUUGUAGUGUGUACCAACUUACUCGACAUCAAAUAUUUCAUACUGGUGAGAAACCCUAUGAAUGUAAGGAAUGUGGGAAGUCCUUUAAUUGUGGCUCAAGCCUUGUUCAACAUGAGAGAAUCCAUACUGGUGAGAAACCCUAUCAGUGUAAAGAAUGUGGGAAGGCCUUUAGCCGUGGCUAUCACCUUACUCAACAUCAGAAAAUUCAUACUGGUGAGAAACCUUUUAAAUGUAAGGAGUGUGGGAAAGCCUUUAGUUGGCGUUGGGGCCUUGUUAAACAUGAGAGAGUCCAUACUGGUGAGAAACCUUAUGAAUGUAAAGAAUGUGGGAAGGCCUUUGGUAGUGGGUAUCAACUUAGUAUUCAUCAGAGAUCUCAUACUGGUGAGAAACCUUAUCAAUGUAAGGAAUGCGGAAAGACCUAUAUUCGUGCCUCAAGCCUUGCUCAACAUGAGAGAAUUCAUAGUAGUGAUAAACCCUAUGAAUACAAAGAAUGUGAGGAGGCCUUUACAUGGACACCUUACUCAAAUGAGAAGAUUCAUAUUGGUGAAACCUUAUGAAUUUAAGAAAUGCAAAGAAUUUUUUUGUGUAUGGACAACUUAACAUGAGGAAAAAUCCUAGUCUGGAGAAACCCUGUGAAUGUAAUGAAUGGUCAAAAGCCUUUCCUGAGUAUGGACAAUUUACUUGACAUCAGCAAAUUUAUACUAGUGAGAAACUUUUUGAAUACAAACAAUAUGAAAAGGCCUUUGGACAUCUGUAUGAUCCUAAUGAAUUUAAGUUUAUACCUGUUUGAAGCCCUUAAAUGUGAGGAAUGUGGGAAAAUCUUUUCUCAUGGCCCAAAGCUUGUUCAAUGUCGGAGAAUUCAUACUUGUGAGAAGUACUUUAAAUGUAAGGACUGUAAGAAGGACCUAAACUGAAUUCAAUUCUAGCUGCACACCAGAGAACUCACACUGCUGUGAAAUCCUACGACUGUAAUGAAAAGGCCUGGGGACAUGGUAGAUGUCUUAGAGUAUACCAGAGAAUUCAUCCUAAUGAGAAACCCUUUGAAUUAG